AUGGCAAGCAUGCCACCUUCUGGAUUCACCUUUUCAUCAGGUUUCCUGUCCUCGCUUGCCCCCACCCCCUCAUCGUCAUCCCGAGACAGUAGUGAGGAAGGAAGUUCUGCGUCAACUACUCAAUCCCUAGGAGCGACGCUUCUCUUUCAGGAUUUGUCCCUCAGCGAUGCUGCAGGAUCGAUGCUUACACCCCGAGCUAGGUCGCCAACUGCAUGGCUGAGUCCGGGGAGCUCACCUUCUACUUAUGCACAGCAGCAUAAUGCUUCUCCGAGUCCCAGACCGAAACUCAAGGCCUUCUCUCGCAGAAGCCGAAAAUCUGGACGAACUCAGUCGACAUUUUCCAGUACAUCGCAAGCCAGCGUAUAUUUUGACGCCAGGGAGACGAGACCGGAGUUGAUAUUUUCAGACCAUAGUACGGAUAGAAUACAUAUCCCUGGAGCCUUUCCCACCCAGGAUGAUCAUAGCGAAAGUCAUGCUGCAGGAUGCGUCGAAAUGGAGUGUGAAGGUGGGUCAGCAAGUAAUCAAUACAGCGACCUUGCAGGACCAUCUGAAACGAGAACUACUGAUAUUUGUGAAGAGCUACUUCCUGGCGCUCCAGUUUAUCGCAAUCGGCUUCAAACUGGCCUGAAAGAGGUGAAAGUUCAACUAGCACGUCUUGCUAGAACUAUAGGAAUCUCUGACCUGAAAAAAGAUCAGUCUCCUGAUUUGUAUGAGCUGCAUGAGCGAACCAAGAGAUAUAGCAUGUUUGAGUACGCAAAAACUCGGACUGUGGGCUUCAUUGGUGCCUCUGGAGUUGGCAAAAGCUCCUUGAUAAACUCUUUGCUUGAUCAGCAGAGCUUGUCACGUUCAAGUAGUGAUGGCGCGGCAUGCACCUGCGUCGUGACUGAGUUCCGACAUGUUGAUAAAAAUCACACAGGACCUUUUACCAUUGAAGCGCAGUUCAUGACCGCACAAGAAAUGAGUGAGUUGUUGGAUGAGCUCCUCUCGAACUUUCGUCAAUUCCAUGUCACUUCACUCAAUCAGGCGUUGGAACCGGGGGAAGAAAAGCAGAAGUGCCAAAGUGAGGCUGAAAGGGCAUGGGAAACGUUUCAAUCGCUGUUCAACAAUCAGCCAAGAUUGACAAUGGAGUUUCUAUCAGUGGACUAUGAUGGGGCCCGUUCAGACAUUCUUGCUCAGUUAGAGCGGUGGGCGCAUGCCGGCCUAACACUGCGACCUGGCGGGUCCGAUGCGCUUGAUUACUCUACGAUUUCUGGUGAUCUUAAGGAAUGUCAAGACUCCCUCGACCUAUUGACUGCCAAUAAAAUGGGUAAUGGUAGACCGGCGUUGUGGCCGUUCAUCAAAUUGAUCAGAGUAUAUCUCAGUUCACCCAUUUUGAAAAACGGCUUAAUAUUGGCUGAUCUACCAGGCCUAAGCGAUCUUAACUUUGCAAGGGUCCGAGCCACCGAACGGUACCUUGCUCAUAGUUGCGACGAAGUCUUUGUCGUCGUGGACAUAGCUCGUGUUUGUACAGAUCUGUCUAUCCAAGAUAUUAUGCGAAGAUGCAGAAAUGGUCAGCCGCGACGAAUCAUCUGCACAAAGUCUGAGGCAAUUUCACCCGAAGAGGCAGCUCGUGGAGAUUCCCCUGCUGCUCUUAAAGUGAAGCAGAUGAAUAGAGAUGUCCAGGCUGUCCGAAAACAACUUGAAGAAACCAUAUGGGGUAUGCGGAAAGCGGAUGGAGAACGACUAAAAACACUCAACCACGAAUUAUUUCAACUAGACGACAGAGAAAAGGAGUUGGAUUUCGAGAUAAAAAAGUUUCUCAUCAAUCGGCGAAACUCCGAGGUGUCGCAAGAGCUCAUCCAAAGGUAUCCAAAUAUCAAGGUUUUCUGCAUCAGCAACACACUAUACUCUAAUUACCGUCACGGUCGGGGCAAUCAGGACAGCUUGGUGGAGGCAUAUAUUAAUCUUACGGGAAUUCGUGAGCUGCGACGCUAUUGCCAAUUGGUCCCAGCGGAUGCUCUAAUGCGUUCGGCAUCCGCGUUUCUGGAUCACAAAGUGCCAGCUCUUCUGUUAUCUUUGAAUCAGUGGGCAUUGUCUGGAAAAGAUUCGGUUAUGGCUGAAAAGGCCGGUAGCCUUCGACGGGUUCUGGAAAACAUACAACAGGCUCUUCACCAGGAAUUUAUUUCCUCUCGAGGAUGUGUUCAGCUUGCGCGUCAGAGCUUAGAUGAUCUAUUCGGGGAAUGUGUCUAUGAAGUGAUUCAGCGUUCUCGAGAUCGCUGGAUGACUGAUAGUAUUGAAACCAGCCUAAAAUGGGCAGGAUUGGCCCCUGGCACGUAUGCCGCCUUCUGUCGCAAAUCUGGAGACUACGCAACUCCAUCUGAGCCUCGUCGCUGCUGGAAUGAUGAGUUAGUCCGGCCAGUGCGUGGAGAGCUAAAUGAUAAAUGCAACGAUAUACUGGAUUGGUUGGAAGCCCAGACGGGGAAACUAGCGAGAGAAACUUGCGUCAUUUUUGAAAAAUUCCACAAAGAGAUUAAGGCGCAUAUUCAUCUUGCACCCUACGCUCUCAAAAAUCUUCAAAAAGGCAUGAAAUCCAGACAAAAAUGCAUUGAAAACCAUAUAAGGGAGUCUAUUCAGAAGAUUAUUCAGAGCUUUGAGUAUGAUGUCCCAGAGAUUGAUGAUUGCAAGCUCGAUUCUAACAAGCUCGCCAGACUCUUAAAGCGAGAUAUGCUUCAUGGCCACUCCAGCUCCUUCAUCUCUGUCCUGAUGCAGCCUGCUUAUGCCGCCAUCAAUCGUGAAGAAGGUGAUAGAAGUCACACCCGGCGGACAAGAAUCAUGAAUGAUCAUCUAGAGCAUUCAAGGAUUUUUACUGCUUUCUCUAGAGAGGUCCACACGGAGUACACAAAGAUUGUAACAGACUGCUUUGAUGACCUGCUGAAAAACUUAACCGAGCAGGUAGAUAGUAUGGGAAGAGACUUCCAGGCCGUUGUUACAGCUGAAGGCCAAAUUUCAGAGGCAGAACAGGCACCCGCAUUGGCGGAUGCGCUCAAGUCCAAGGUUUGGAAGAUACACGAGAUCCUGAAAAGUGCCCAGGCCACUGUACGGGAGCUCGAGGCGAAAGAGUAG